GGUGCGAUCGGAGCGCUCGGCCCGGUUCGGUCGCUCUCGGGCAUCUCCGUUCGGCCCGGGUGAGAUCGGAGAGGACUUCGGCACGGCUCGGCUCUGCUCGUGCCCGCCUCAGGCCGCCUUCGGGCGCGAUCGGAAAGGACUCGAGCGAGCUCGGGAUUCUUCGCCCGCCCGGGCCCGGCGGCGCUCGGGCCCUGUUCGGGCGGGCUCGGGUUCGCCACCCGAUCCGUCAGGUAUCGCUUCGGGCCGCGCUUCGCCGCGGGCUCGGCCGCGUCCUGCCCGCGGAUUGGCCAGGCGGCGGGGCAACGCGGGCCCCGCUCGUCGGGAGCCGUCGGACGAGGCCUCCGGAGACUCGGGCCGCUUCGGGCUCCGUCGGAAGCGGUUCGGGAGCGCCCGAUCCCGCCCGGGAAAACGCGUUCGGAGCCGCUCGGCCGAGCUCGGCAGCGCUCGGAACCCGCCCGAGUGCGCCCCAGUGACCUCGGAGGAGCGGCUCCCCCCCACCCCCCGGCCCCUCCCGGCCCCUCCCCGGCAGCGGCCGGCGGGCGUGUGGCCCCGCCGGGGCGGGCUCGGCGCCCCUCGCCGGCCGGUCGCCUCGGAUGGAGGACGCUGACUCGGCGGCGAAGCAGCUGGGCUUAGCGGAGGCGGCGGCGGCCGCGGUGGCGGCGGCCGCGGAAGGUCGCCAGCAGAAACAGCAGCAGCAGCAGCCGCCUCAAACGGCGGAUUCGGAAGUAGAGCCGAAGCCCGAGGAGGAGGAGGCGGCGGCGCGGGUGACGGUGAUGGCGGCCGAUGCCCAGCACAUCGAGAUGGGAAGCGAGUCCCUGCCGAGCGCCGACGAGGCCGCCGCUGCCGCCGCCUUCGCAGAAGUCACCACAGUGACAGUGGCCAACGUCGGUGCCUCCGCAGACAACGUUUUCACCACGUCAGUGGCAAAUGCAGCUUCGAUUUCAGGACAUGUGCUGUCUGGGAGAACAGCCCUCCAAAUCGGGGACAGCUUGAAUACUGAAAAAGCCACCCUCAUAGUGGUUCACACAGAUGGCAGCAUCGUGGAGACCACAGGGCUGAAGGGGCCAUCAGCGCCCCUCACACCAGGACCCCAGUCUCCUCCUACCCCUUUGACAUCUGUCCAAGAGAAAACUGGCACCAAGUACAACUGGGACCCGUCGGUGUACGAGAACGAGCUCCCGGUGCGGUGCCGGAACAUCAGUGGCAUUCUGUACAAAAACAGACUCGGCUCAGGAGGCCGUGGUAGGUGCAUUAAGCAAGGGGACAACUGGUACAGCCCCACGGAGUUUGAAGCUAUGGCGGGACGAGCCAGCAGCAAAGACUGGAAGAGGAGCAUCCGCUAUGCUGGCCGGCCCCUGCAGUGCCUUAUUCACGAUGGGAUUUUAAAUCCUCACGCUGCCUCUUGCACUUGUGCUGCCUGCUGUGAUGACAUGACUCUGAGUGGCCCCAUCAGACUCUUUGUGCCCUACAAAAGGAGGAAAAAGGACAAUGAGAUGGCUGCAGCUCCAGCGAAGAAGGAGUGCCCCAAAAACAUCACUCUGCUUCCUGCCACAGCUGCUACUACAUUGCUAACUGUGAAAGUGCUUCUACUGUCUGCAGUCACCGUGACUCCCUCUGGACAGAUCACAACCUCUGGGGCUCUCACCUUCGACCGCGCCUCCACCGUGGAAGCCACGGCCAUCAUCUCGGAAAGUCCCUCCCAGGGGGACGUUUUCACUGGAGCCACUGUUCAGGACACCAACGUGCAGCAGCCGUGCAGGGUCAGUCACCCAGAGCCUCACUACCCCAGUUACCAGGACAACUGCCAGAUCUCCCCUUUCCCUGAGGCUGCACUGCCAACAUCUCAUCCCAAAAUCGUGCUAACGUCCCUGCCUGCCCUGGCAGUGCCCCCUUCCACCCCCACCAAAGCCAUAUCCCCCUCGGUGGUGAAUGGGCUGGAGGUGACAGAGCAGAGGAGCUGGCUCUACCUGGAGGAGAUGGUCAAUUCCCUGCUCAGCACUGCCCAGCAGCUGAAGACCCUCAUCGAACAGGCCAAGCAAGCCAGCUCGUCCUUCCGCGAGGCUGCCGUCACCCAGGCCAAGAUCCAGGCCGACGUGGAGAGGAAAGAGCAAUAUCAGAACCAGCUGUUUCAGCAAACAGAAGAUGUGGAUGGGAAGACAGAAAUGAUCAUCAAGCAAUCCUGUGUCAACUGCGGCCGGGAGGCCACCAACGAGUGCACAGGCUGCCACAAGGUCAACUACUGCUCCACCUUCUGCCAGAGGAAGGACUGGAAGGACCACCAGCACAUCUGUGGGCAGUCAGCCACGGUGACAGUGCAGGCUCAGGAGGUGCACGUCCCUGACAGCGUGAUGGAGAAGGUGCCCGUGUGAGCAGCAGCACCCAGGGGCUCCCCUUUGCCAGCCACACUCUGCUCGCUGCCAGUCUUGACAGGCUUUGUGAUACUGUGACGGCACUUGCCAACUCCCAGCCCUCUCCCAAAACUCUGAGGAAGGCAGAGACUCUGACAACCUCCCCUGGAAACAACAAACCCUGCCAGCUGCAGCCAGGAGCCACCCUCAGCCUCGGGAAGCUCCGACUCUGCCAGGCUGGUUGGAGCCUCCAUGCUGUGGGUUGCAGCCACCUCCUCAUCUCUAUCGAGAUGGGCCUAAAGCAGUGGCUGCAGUGACACUUGCCAGUGUCUCCUCUCCCUGUGCCUCCCUACCUCUUGUUUUAAAAGGAAGAAGCAAACCUUCAGGUGGGUUAUUUAAUGGCCUCCAGACGGUCAGUACAAGUUCUCACUUUGCCAGUGGAAGGACUUUUCCCCCCCGUGUUCCCUCUGUGCUGGACAAAUUGGAACACGAAGGAGCUUCUGCACUUGAACAGAAGUGAAAAAUAACCCUGUUGUUAAAUAAAAUGCC